UGUAGCAUCUCCAUGGGAGCUCUUGUCUCUUCUAGUCAAUGUCCUACAUCAAUGGAGAGGGCCUCACAUCUUCCUACAUGAAGGAUCUGGAGAGCCGGUACCAAGAGCUGGCAGUAGCCCCAGACUCCAGCUAUCUAACAAACAAACAACUCAGUAACACCAUAGAGGAAUUGAAACAACAGCAGCAUUGGUUUAGAGGGAGGCAGUGGCCCCUGCUCAUGGCUCUUUUCUCUGUGCUCUGGGCAGCUCUGCAUGCUGAGGGAGGAGAAGGAGUGCAGUCUGAGUCAGGUGCGGGAGCUGGAGACCACCUUGGCCGAGCUCAAGAGCCAGAUGGGUAAGCAGGGGCAGACGUGGCCUGGAAGCUCCAGUAAGAGGUGUUGUGGCAGAGGGAAGCAGGUCUGUGCCGGUGGAUGGCGAGUCUUGUUAUCUCUUUGAGCAUAGGAGACCUCAUCUGUAAAUAGGGGUGGUGCACCCACUGUCCACUAUGCACGGUCAAGCACUCUGUGUCCUGGCUUGGAAGGGUAAUGACCAUCUGAAUAUAGAAAGUUGUUAGCCAAGAAGCCAGCACCGGGGUGGGGGCAAGCCAUUGGCCUGAGGAGCUAAGGACCAAAACAGGAGCUUUUUGAAAACCCAGAGGCUGGGGCCCUGAUGGCUGCUUCCUUUCUCAGCUGAGCCUCACACCCCA